AGUUAACGCCGGAGCCGCCUCUCCAUUGGCGGCCGGCGCAGCGGCUGCGGAGCCCGCGCUUAUAACGGGCGCGCGGGGCGGCCGCAGCCCCUCCGCCGGCACCGCGGCUCGGCUCCAUGCGGCGGCGGCCGGCAUGCCCCGCCUGCUGCCGGCCCUGCUCGCCCUGCUCUGCUUCGGGCCGCCGCCGCCCGCCCCGAGGGCUCCGCUCGCCGAGGCCGCGGCGCAGCCGGAGCCGGAUGAGCCGUGGUGCCCCUACAAGGUGCGGCCCGAGGGCUCGGCGAGCGGGCGGCUGUGCUUCCGCAGACCGGCCCUGGGCUUCCAGUGCGCGGCGCGCUCCUGCCGCGCCCACCGCUCCCCGGGCGGCGCGCUGGUGGCCAACGUGCUGCGCAACGGCAGCGUGCUGCUGCAGUGGGCGCCGCCGCGUCCCGGCAACGGCCUGCGCGGCUUCGCGCUCAACUGCUCCUGGGACGGCACCUACACGCGCUUCCCCUGCGACGGCGUGGAGCUGGGCGCCGCCUGCCGCGACUACCUGCUGCCCGAGGCGCACGGCGGCGUGCGGUACCGCCUCUGCCUGCAGCCCCGCUACGCGCCGCCGCGCCCCGCGCCGCCCGCCCACUGCGUGGAGUUCCGCGUGGAGCCGGCCGCCAUGCGGGACAUCGUCGUAGCCAUGACGGCCGUGGGGGGCUCCAUCUGCGUCAUGCUCGUCUUCAUCUGCCUGCUGGUGGCCUACAUCACCGAGAACCUGAUGAGCCCCGCCGCGCCGCGCCGCGCCUAGCGCCGUUCUGCUCCGCCUGGCGCCGCUCUGCCCCGCUGUGCGGUCGCCGUUCCGGGGCCGGGGAGCCGCGCGGGGUCGGGGCGGGUUUGCUCAGGGCGUCGUCGGGAGCUUCGGUUGCUGUGGGUUCGUCCUUUCCAGACUUCCAGGAGUUGGGUUGUGGGUUGUUUGGUUUGUUUUUGUCUGUGUGUGUAUUUGGAGCUCUUGUCACAUAGGGCGGCUUUUCAGCUUGAGCCAUACUGAUUUCUGAAGUCGUAGGAUCUCAGUGGAUUAAAAAUGAAUCGUGGCAAAAAUCCACAAGUGCCAGGAAAUUUUCCAUUUUAGAAGCAAGCGACAGAUCCGGCCGAGGGGCUGCUAGAAGGCACUUAAGAACGUGCUUACUUUAAGCUUGUGCUUAAGUCUGAUUGCUCCGGAUGAGUUGGACUCGAUCCUCGUGGAUCCCAUCCAGCUCGGGAUGUUCGAUGGCUCUAUGCUUCUAGAUGCGUGCAUGGUUUUGUUGUUUGUUUUUUCCCUGAGGGGGGAACGCCAUUGAAACCUGCGAGGACAGACGCAGAGCAGCCGCCAGCCACACAGCUGUGUGACCCAAAGGCACUGAGAUCUUCCAUGGGUGCUGCCUCGUGCUCCCCGAGCUGCAGGGUUGUGGCACAGGGUGCCCCAGCAGCAUCGUCUCCCUGCGAGCUGCCCUAAAAAGAAAUAAAACACAGUUUAUAGGAAAAUUCCGCCUCGUUGCAAAGUAUGAACUGAUCUCGAGUCUCUGAAAUCCCCCCCACCCCUGUUUGUUUUAGGAACGCUGUGUGGAGCUGCACUAAGGGACACAAAACUCACUGAUGUCGUAGCGGAGUGUUUUGAGCGUAGGAACACUCCUUGUGAACUGCUCACUCAAUGCUGUAGUAAAUAAGGUUUUAGCCAUACUCAAGUAUGAAUUCUCUUGUGCCUUAGUGUUGAGAUCCUGUCCCGUUUCUAUCGGUGUAUCUGUUCUGUAGUCCUCACACAGCUCUGCUGCUGGUCUCGUCUCAAACUGCUGUGUUGUUUUGUUUCUGAAAGCAAACUUUGCUGCUCAUUACUUGAACUUUGAUAUAGACCUGAAGUAGUUCUGUUACCAGCUGUUGUGUUUAGUUUUUAUUUAGUUUGUAUGUGAUAGAAGGUGACUUUAUAGCACUUACACAUACCGAAAGCAAAAGUAGAAAAACUCUUCUGUGAUGGGGUAUUGCAAUCCAAAUCCUUUGGUUCCAUGCGUGCUCUGUUUGUGUCGAUGUGCAUCACUGGCGAAUCACCCGCGGGCUUUUCUUUUGUGGAAUAGUUUGCAGAGUAUAAACUUGCUGUUAGAGAGUAAAUAUAGAAAGUAUAUGCAACCCCUGAUAAAACGCAGUAUUGGCACUAAUCAUAAUGCCCUCGAAAACUUGAGAGCGGUCGGGAAGCUGAAGGUCUGUGUUUCACCAGGCAGAAAUACCUGUUUGUCAUCCCUGCUCUGUUUGCUUUCUCACACGCGGCUGAGAUUUCACACUGCUCUCUAUUUAUUUGCCUGUGUACUUGAUAGAAGCAGCCUGACCGUAUCCAGCACGGCAGCAAUGGAAGGACAGCAUCUUUCAUUGUCACCGAAGGACAGUGUCACUUAUUUAUUUCUUUAUGUUGUCCCUAAGGAAGCUGACUGCUCAAAGACAAGGCAAUCCCAUUUUAAGAGCACUAAGACUGAUUGCGUCCAGUGGUUUAGCUCAGUGAAUUUAAACCCAGAGUGAAUUUGGCUCCAAGGUCUCAGGUCAGUCUUUUCUGUAGCCAGUUCUGCACAGAGUGGCACUGAUUUUGUACAUCACUGUCAGCCAGCCUGACUGUUUUGGUCUUCAUUUGCCAGAUGUGAAAAUUAACUGUAUAACGAAUGGGCUUUGUACCACGUUGGCAUUGACCUUAAUAAAUGAAGAGAAUAAUGAACAAAUCGCAUUUAAUGGUUCAAGAAUUGUUUUAUUUGCAAAGUGAACAGACCUGGUUGUAACGGUACUGCGCUGCCUGCUGGAAAAUGGGGAAUCGAAAACAGUUAUAACACUUGAUUUCUGUUUAUUGGAGAUUGAGACUGCAGGAUCACGGGAUAAUUCAGGCUAGAAGGAAUCCCUGGGGGCCAUCUAAUUCAACCUCCUGUUCAAAGUCAUGCAUGGAAACUCACCGAGCAAAAACCGCUUUCAUCGGGGCAGCCUCGUGUCUUUGUUUUUUAUGAGUGAUCUCUAUUCGACCUCUCCAUGAGCUGCCCUCAUUCCCAAAUCCCUCUCAGUUUGCCAAUUCAAGCUACUUGAUUUUUUGUGCAGCCAGCACUGUUCAUUGCUGUAAUGCUGAUGUAAGGAAACCGAGGGCCAAAUUUAAUUGAUGGAUUUGUGUGUGUGUGUUUUCCCUAAGACAUCUCCCACUCACUGAUGGGCUGCAGCUACCUGCUAAAACAGCACCUCUUGUAUCUCCUGCGGAGAAGUUAUUUGUAGUCAUCUCACAUCUUGAUGCAUCUGCCUCUGUGGAUUGCAUUGCAGCAGCGUGCUGGGCAGAGGGUAGACAGGCAAAUGCAAAAGACGUAGAACAAGAACGUAAAUCCUGCUGGAAGAAAUUCUGUGCUUCUCUAAAGGAUUAUUUUUAUCAGCAUUUUUCUCCCCAUGCAUUACAGAUGGGUUAUGGGAAACAAUAUCUCCUAGCUUCUCUUUCAUUUUCAGGGGAUUAAGGUUUAAUUGGACACGUCUCGGUGUCUGGAACAGAUAAUCAGAGUAUUCCCUAUUUCAUUUUAUGUGGCAUUAAGUAAAAUGUCUGCCAACUCAUUAAUAACUAGUAGGCUUGUUUAUUGUGUUGUUUGGUUUUUUUUUACUCACGAGUGUAGAAAUUUCUUGUUGGCAAUAAUGGCAAAGAUUACACGCAUAUAGACUUGAAAUUAAUUUGCCUUCUUUGAUUGCACAGUUAAAGAAAGCUUUAUCCAGUACUUGCAGCAAUUCCCAAAGCAUGCAGAGCAUCACACGGAGCUGUAAUCAAUCCUGGCCUGUCCAGGCAGCAGUAAAGAAGUAGCAGCACGCUGAUUUCUAGCUGCUAUGGCUCUUACAUCCCCAAUGCUCCAGGAAAACGUGGGGAUAACUUCUAACCCCACUUCUGUGGGCAAACACGGUCUCCCUGUUGUUACCAUAACAGGACUUGGGUAUUAAAAAUACAUAUGGUACUUUCCUAGGUGGUAUUUUAUUGUAUUUAUCUGGUAAUUUCCAGUACAGCUAUCAGGCCAUCUCCAUUUGAGCAGGAUUUAAAAUGGAAGGUUAAUAUGCUUGUUAACAGGUUUUUUUCUUUUUUUUUCCUUCUUGUCCUGUGCUAAAUGUGAGGAAAACAGCUGCUUAAAUUUAAGCUGCUCAAGCUCAGCCUGACCCCAGCUUUGAAUCUUCUGGAAGGAGCAGUCUGAGCCUCGGGCAAAGAAUCUCUGUUUAAUUCCAUUAGGGUGCUUUUUGUGGUACAUAAAAGGGGAGGGCUGCUUGGUUUUGUUUGAAGGUGCAAGUGAAAGCUGGUGUUUUGCUUCCAUGGAGACUUGGAGUUGAACUUACCAGACUGCAGCUUGCUGCUCUGUUUCGCUGUAGGAAGGGAGCUGGAAAAACCAAGGUAACUGUGUCACGUUUCCUGUUGAAGGCUCAGUACUAUAGCAAUGGCUUGGGUGCAUUCUCUUGGAGUCAGCCUGAGCAAACAGAACCCGGCUGGCAUUGCUUUCAGCAGUAUCCGUUUGAGGGCCAUCCAGCGCUCUGAGCAUAGAAGGAAAGGUGUAAAGAAACCACAGGUUUACCUUCCUUCAACAAAGAUGUUUUGCUUUUUGUCCUGGGGAAGCUGUGAGGAGAGAGAGAGAGAGGAAAACGGUUUUGG